GAUUUUUGCGCCUCAUGAUGCUGUAAGCGGGCGGCACUCGCGGCGUCGAGUCGGCGCAUGGCGGUGGCCUUUACAUGCCAUAAAAUAUGAUCAAGGUAUCAACCACCAUAAUGGCAUUGCCCUCGUAGCGAAUCUCCGCCAUCCGUGGUAGAGUGACGCCGAGAAUGACUCCCGACGGCCCUUCGAUCAACGGGUUUGAAAGCCGAUCGGCGUCGCCAACACCGAUCGAUCGCCCUCGCUCCUCCAUGCACUUGACCGUUGAAGCACCAAGGGAUUGGAAGGUAUAUUUAGCCACCUUGACACUGCCCUUCGCACUCUGACUCUGGCGCCCUGAUCACGACACAACGAAAUGAAGCGGCGCGAGCAAGGUUUCGACAGUAACACGCACAACCAAAAGCUGCCAGAGUACAAUGCACUGGCGGACCACAACCUGCGCCACUUUUUCGAGAACCGCAAGCUACAGCACCACUUGUAUGACGUGGGCAUGAUCGACAAGGCUGGCCGCGUCAUCGAUCCCGAGAAACACAAGGGCAAACUCGCGAUCCUUCAGCAAGAAUUCAAACACGCGGAAAAAGCCGAAUUGCUUCGGCAGCGCGAGGAAGAAGAGAUUCGGCGCCGCGUCCAGCUGCGUCGACAUGCGGCGCUGAACGAAGCUCGCAAAGAGGAAAAAAUCAAGAAGAUCAAGGAAGAUCGCAUGCUCACCAAGCAAAUCGUGGCAGCGGCCAGGGAAUAUGCAGCAGCACCGCCGCCGUCGUCGUCCAAAUCCACGUCGUCGCUGUCGGGACCGCGGUCUUGUCUAUCGUCGGGAGGACGCAGUAACAACUCGGGCUCGUUUUAAGUAUUAUCGUGGUGUAUGGCACUGUUCGGA